CUUGGACAUCCUGAGCGCACUACUCCAUGGACAAGAUGUCAUCAGCAGAUUUGAACGCUGGGAAGAAAAAUGCAUACACAGCAAUCAAAGUAGAUCCUGAGGAGGAUUACUGUACCCCAGGUGCAUUUGAAUUGGAGCGACUCUUCUGGAAAGGAUGCCCAAAGUACACUCACGUCAAUGAAGUCUGGCCCAACCUCUACAUUGGAGAUGAGAAAACUGCAUUAGAUCGCUACAGCCUUGAGAAGGCGGGCUUCACCCACAUCCUCAACGCAGCCCAUGGUCAGCGGAACGUGGACACAGGACCAGAAUACUAUCACGACAUGACUGUGGAGUACUAUGGAGUGGAAGCGGACGAUCUCCCCACUUUCAAGCUCAGCCAGUUCUUUUACUCAGCUUCUAAAUUCAUUGAUAAUGCACUUCAGGAUGAAAGAAACAAGGUUCUGGUUCACUGUGCUAUGGGCCGCAGCCGCUCAGCCACAUUGGUCUUGGCUUACCUGAUGAUUUACAAGAACAUGACAGUAGUGGAUGCCAUUGAGCAAGUAUCAAGACAUCGAUGCAUCUUGCCAAACCGGGGCUUCUUGAAGCAGCUCAGAGAACUGGACAAAGCGUUGGCACUGCAGAGGAGGAACACCAAAAACAGCCUACCAUCUCAUGACGAGGAGAACAGCACCACGAUCUAGUGUUGUUCCUGGCAGGGUUGCGCUACUGGAAAAGAAACCCCCAAAACAGGAGUGGAGGGGAAAAGUGUAGUUAAUUACAGUCACAAAGAUCAUUUCUUAUUUGGAAGAAAAAACAAAGUAAUUUCAAAUGCUGUCAAGAUGAGAAAGAAGGGAAACAAAAUUUAAAACCCAUCUCCUUAUAAUGUUCCAGCCUUAGCAGAAUUCUUUGUUACACAUCAACAAAUAAAUGUUACCCUCUACAAAAUUUUUUUCAGCACGAAAGCAAACACAACUUAAAGAAACCCUCUUCUAGCUGAGUACCCACAAAAUCCUGAUCCUAAUACAAGCACAUGACUUUUAAAAGAGCAGAGCUAGGCAUUCCUGAAGAAAUUUUGCAGGAAAAACACCAAGAUGGUGGCAGCACAAAUUAAUCACGUUUAGUCCCAGAGUCCUGAAGGAUUUUGCAGGAGUUUGCCUUUUUGUGUUGUUUCCUGGUAUCUCCAUUUCUUCUUUCACAAUAAUGACCCAGAGCAGCACAGCGUUCAGAGAUCCUUCAGAGGAGGAUCAACUACCCAGCCAUCACCAUGGACUUUGCAGCAGACCAUGCAAACCAGAAACAAAGCAAGACCCUUGGAGAAGGUCAGAUGCCUAAGCAGCUAUAAUGCACAACAAUUCAAGGAGAUACAUACACAUGACAUUUUAACAGUUUCAGUUUUAACUUGUUUUUCCUAAAUGCUUCAACUGCCUGAAUUUUAAAAAGGUCCUAGACAUACAGUAUCCAAGUCAAUUUACUAGUCCACACAAAAAAUA